UUUUGGGGCUUGUUGACUAAUCAGCCAGUCUGUUUUUUAUUCUUGGCCAGUAUGGAGCUGCCCUGCUGUGGCGGGUUUGUCGUCUGCUAGUCGAGAGAGAGGAGAAUGGGCCGGAGAGUCUACUCGGCGGACGUUGUUGCUUGCGGUGGUUCUUUUUGGCGUUGUCGUUGCCGCAAUCGCAGCCGUUUUUAGACCGCGCCGUCGUCGGCGUCGUUGUCACUUUCGGAUCUCGAUUGUUGUGGACUUUUGUUGGCUGUUCUUUACUUUGUAUUAAUUCGACGGCAAUCGCCCGCGUAUUUGUUUGUUUAAUUAUCGAGUUGUGACGUCAGAGCAAGAUUGCUUCAUGGCGCUGCUUUGGAUCAUUCCCCUGGCUCUGGGGCUGUCCCUGGGCGUGGCUGCCCUAGAGAUAGCCAGCAUCGAUCACCCAUGUGCCUACGCAAACACGGUGAACAUCACGGACGGACUCCGCCUGAAGGACGGCUCGUACUCUUACGCCGGACUGGUGAUUCCGCCAAACAUGAUAGCCGAGUACAGUUUCAAGGUGAUCGACGGAGUGCAGUACCGCGCCAAGAAGCACCUGCGCGGCUGCGCAUGUCUGCAGAAGGCGUGCAUCAGCUUCUGCUGCCCACCGGAUCUGGUCUUUGACUCGAAGCACUGGAACUGCUCGCAGCCCCACCAGAUCAGGGAGUCCACCCAUAUUGAGCUGACCUACGGCAAUCGGUCGGUGGAAAAUGUUCGCAUCAAGGAUCGAUUCCUGGUUCGCACAGAACUGGGCUGCCGCAACAAGUUUGUGGACCGGAAGCACGAAAGCUUCUGGAAGUGGGACCUCUUUGAGAACGGCUCGCUCUUCAGGGAAAACCGGGUCUGGAGCACGGACGAGUACUGCUUCAGUCCCCUGGAGCACAAGCCCGAGCAGUGGGAGUUGGCUCCGAUCAGCUGCGAGCGAUUCCAAUCGGGCUAUCGGGUCUGGAUCUACGCCAUAUGCUGCAUUAUUGCCAUUAUCAUCCACAUCUUUAUCGUCUCGUUGCUGGCAUCCGUGCGAGAGGCCAGGAAGAGCCACUACGGCCACUUGAUCAUCUUGUACCUCCUUUGCACGAUCGUGGGCUACUCCCUUCUGGUAUACUUGGCCUUGAAGAACCCUGUCAAGCUGUCGAAGGGGUCUUGCAGGAAUAUAGGUUAUCUGGCGUACACCUGCCUCAUGCUGUCCUUUGGGUUCCUUGCGAUUUGCAGCUUCGAUUUUCUGCUCAAGUUUCGUCAGAACACUGUGAGGAACUGGGUUCGCCAGCUGUGGUACGGCUUGACUGUUUUGGUCGUCAUUGGCCUGCGGUUUGCUGUGUCCUUCGCCCAGGAUUCCAAGCUGCCGAAGCACUACAAGCCUGGCAUAGGAGAGGACUACUGCUGGUUUGACGUUCGUCUUUGGGGCAUUUUGAUAUACUUCUACACGCCCGUCAUAGUCCUGCUGGUAUUCAGCUCUGUGUGCUGCCUGAAGGCGUACUUUUCCAUAUACAAACUGCCCCCGGACACCCAGUACAUUCUCGGAUCUCAGUUGCGGAUUGUGAAAACCCACUUCUACGCCUUCAGUGCCUACAUAGUGGGCGUGUUCGCCGUCUGGAUCCGCGAAAUAGUGGUCUUCACCAUGGCCAGACUGCGGGAGCACUUCUUCAUCAUUGACUUCUGGAGCGGCAUCUGCAUCCUGGGCCUGGCCAUAGCCGGGUUCAUCCUGUUGCUGGGAAAGAAUGUCCACGUAAAGUCCUGGUGGGCCAUCAAUGUCGAGUCCAGCCAGACGGACCUGAGUGUCAUCAACGCACGCGUCUACAAAUUCGAUGAGAAAGGAGACCUGAAAUCCCCAGAUUCUCCCUACAAGGCUACAGUGACAUCACUCUAGGCGAAGGGAAUAUGAUUGCUACAAACUCCGACGUACAUUGAAUGGUUUUCUUUUGAUUUCACACAUGCCGAAUAAAUAUCAGUGUGUUUAUGUUAAUAUAUUCAUUAAAAAUCUUUAAAAAUUUGCA